CGAGCGGCGCUCUCGCGAGACUUGGUGCGGCGCGGCGCGGCGAGGCCGAGGCGGUCGGGCCCGUUUCAAACCGGCGGUCGCUGGGCCGCGGCCCGGCACGAGAUGGCGGAGAGCGACAGGGCGGAGGCGGCCGCGCCGCGCCGAGCCGAGGAGGCGGCCGGCCAGGCGCCACAGCCACAGCCGCCGCCGCAGCAGCAGCAGCAGCAGCCGGCCCCGCAACAACAGACGCCGCAACAGCCGCCGCAGGAUGAGGAGGCGGCGGCGGCCGCGGCACCCAGUAGCGGCGCGGGCAGCGCAAAUGGCGUCAAAAUGGAUAAUGAUGAGACAGCAAAAGAAGGGAAAGCACCUGUGAAAGAGAAGUUGGUUGCGAAAGCGAAGGCAAUCCCUUCUCUUGGAAACAAGAAUAGAUUCCACCCCUAUGCAAAGGAGAAGAAUGCAGGCUCUGCAGAGAAGAAGGCUGUUAAUCGCAAUAGAGUUUUUAUUAGCAACAUCCCGUAUGACAUGAAAUGGCAAGCUAUUAAAGACCUGAUGAGAGAGAAAGUUGGUGAGGUUACAUACGUGGAGCUGUUUAAGGAUGCUGAAGGAAAAUCAAGGGGUUGUGGUGUGGUUGAAUUCAAAGAUGAAGAAUUUGUUAAGAAGGCAUUAGACACUAUGAACAAAUAUGAUCUUAGUGGAAGACCCCUGAAUAUUAAAGAGGACCCUGAAGGGGAGCAUGCGCGCAGGGCACUGCAGCGCGGAGGAGGGCAGUUUCCAGGAGGACACGGACCUGAGGCGGCGCCUGGCAUGAUGAACUUACCACCUUCUAUCCUCAAUAAUCCAAACAUUCCUCCUGAGGUUAUCAGUAAUUUGCAAGCAGGCAGGCUCGGAUCCACGAUUUUUGUUGCCAAUCUUGACUUCAAAGUUGGCUGGAAGAAACUGAAGGAGGUGUUCAGCAUUGCUGGAACUGUGAAGCGUGCAGACAUCAAAGAAGAUAAAGAUGGCAAGAGUCGAGGAAUGGGAACAGUUACCUUUGAACAAGCAAUUGAAGCUGUUCAAGCAAUAUCUAUGUUCAAUGGACAAUUCCUGUUUGAUAGACCCAUGCAUGUAAAAAUGGAUGACAAAUCAGUUCCUCAUGAAGACUUCCGUAUUGUGGACAGCAAAAACUCACAAUUACCUCGUGGUCUUGGUGGCAUUGGUAUGGGACUUGGACCAGGUGGACAGCCCAUUAGUGCAACGCAGCUGAGCAUGGGUGGUGGAAUGGGGAGCAUGGGUCCAGGAGGUAUGGGAAUAGACGGCCCAGGAUUUGGUGGAAUGAGUAGAAUGGGAGGCGGACUUCCUGGAUUUCGUGGAAUGGAAGGAAUGCCGAACAUGGGAGGAUUUGGAGUCAACCGAAUGGGAGAAAUGUUCCGUGGUGGAAUGGGAGCAAACAUGGAAAGAGAAUUUGGUCGUGGUGACAUGGCAUUGAACCGUGGCUUUGGAGAGUCUUUUGGAAGGAUGGGUGGUGCAAUGAUUGGUGUUUUUGCAGGAGGAAUGGGAGCACCUAGCAUGGGCCCAGUAAGAUCUGGAAUGAGCGGUGGAAUGGGUGGCAUGAACAACAUGGCCGGAGGAAUGGGCAUGGAUCGCAUGGGCUCGGGCUUUGAUCGGAUGGGGCCGGCCAUGGGCGGAGGCCUGGACAGGAACAUGGACAUGGACCGAGGGUUUGUGCCUGGCCCCAUGGGAAGUGGCAUGAGAGAGAGAUUGGGCUCCAAAGGCAACCAGAUAUUUGUGAGAAAUCUCCCUUUUGACUUGACCUGGCAGAAGCUAAAGGAGAAAUUCAGUCAAUGUGGUCAUGUAAUGUUUGCAGAAAUAAAAAUGGAGAAUGGAAAAUCAAAGGGCUGUGGAACAGUGAGAUUUGACUCACCAGAAUCUGCUGAAAAGGCCUGUAGGAUAAUGAACGGCAUAAAAAUCAGUGGCAGAGAAAUUGAUGUCCGCUUGGAUCGCAAUGCAUAAUUUAAAACUGUGUGUUCAGGAACAUUCCUAUGUCUGUUUAGCUUCUCUAUCUUAGUCAUUUUUAGUAACAUUGUAUGCUUACAAAAGCUGUAAAAAGGAACUUUUAAAUCCCACCAGCCUUUAACAGUAUAGUGUUUAAUAUACUGUGAUACUUGUUAACUGAAUCUUACUAUGUUUGGUUUUUAAAGACAAUUUGCCUGAUUUUUGUUGUUUUUUUAGAGGCACUGAGCACCUGCAGGUCCCUACAGACCUUGGAUGCUUUGGAUGCUCAGUGCCUUUGGAAAAUUAGGCCAAGUGUCUCUAGUCAUUCAGUUUAAAUGAAUGGUUAUACUGUUUUUAAUAAAAUAAGCCAUUUUCUCUGUUAA